GCGGCCCUCCCCCCCAACACACCGGCAGGACCAGACUGCGAUAAAAGCUGGAAGCAGGGAGACAUCCAGCUCAGUCCAAGCAAGAGAGAAAAUCCUCUACUCAAACUUCUUCUACAAAGACACUGAGAAGUAAGCGACCCAAAAGAGAUUAAACCUGAAAACUUAAAACCACUUGAGUUGAAAACCACUUGAGUAACCAUGGCAACAACACUGGUACUAUUAAUGUUCCUGUCUACUCUCUGCUGCAGCCUAGCAAACAAUGUGGAGCUGCUCCGCACUAAGAGAGGGACUCGUUUUUACAGAGCACAAUGUGUUGAUAGUGAGACGUCAGCUGUGCGUAGUUCUGGGGACACUUGGCUGCGAUGGAGUGGACAGCGUGUGGAGUAUUGUCGUUGUGCAUUGAGAGGGCGAGAGCAUUGUCAUAUUGUGCCCGUUAUCAACUGCUACGUGUCCCAGUGCUAUAACGGAGGAACCUGUAAAGAAGCCGUUUACACGUCAGACUACAUCUGCCAGUGUCCUCCAGGCUUCAGUGGGGCUCAGUGUGAGAUCAACACCAAUGAGAAGUGCAUCGCGGGAAAGGGUGAAGGCUACCGCGGCACAUGGAGCUCCAGCCGUUCAAGAUCAGAGUGCAUUAACUGGAACUCCACUGCUCUGAGAGGAAGGAGGUUCACGGCGAGGAAAAAUGAUGCUGUCAGUCUGGGACUGGCUAAUCACAACUUCUGCAGGAAUCCUGACAUGGACAACACUCCUUGGUGUUACAUCUAUAAAGGCACUCAGAUCACCUGGGAGGCCUGUUCUUUGCCCAAAUGUCCUGAAGAGAAGAACCAAGAAUGCGCGCAGGGCUCCGGUCAGUCAUACAGAGGAACAACAUCUGUCACUAAGAGCGGCUCUCGCUGUCUGCCGUGGGACUCUCCUGCUUUAAAGCGUAAACUUAACAAUGCUUGGAAAUCUGAGGCAUUGGAGCAGGGGCUGGGCAGCCACAACUUCUGCAGGAAUCCAGAUGGUGAUGUAGGUCCAUGGUGUCAUACCUACAAGAAUAUGCAGCUGACCUGGGAGCUGUGUGACAUACCGAAGUGCUUGACACGUCCAUCAGUCGCCACCACUGUUGGUCCUCGUGCCCCCACAACUAACAAUAACGGAGCAACUUGUGGUCAGCGUUUGGACAACAGCCUCAAUCACCCGGCGUUCCGUAUGUUUGGUGGCAGAGCUAGCGACAUCACAGAGCAGCCGUGGCAAGCGGCCAUUAAUGCCUACCAGCCCCGUCUCAAAAAACACUUUCGAUGUGGAGGAGUCCUCAUUGACUCCUGUUGGGUGCUGUCUGCUGCACACUGCUUUGAGGACAGUGUCAAAGCAGACAAAUUGGAAGUGAUUUUGGGAAGAACGUUCCGGAAACAGAAUUCCAGCGGCGAGCAGAUUUUCAAGGUGGAGAAGUACUGGAUCCACGAGAAAUUUGACCAUGAAACAUUUGACAACGACAUUGCUCUUUUGAAGCUUCAGACGGACAUUGGCAUCUGUGCUAUAAAUUCUCCGGAGGUUCUUCCUGCAUGUUUGCCUGAACGUGGGCUGGUGCUGCCCGACUGGACCGAGUGUGAGAUCUCCGGAUACGGAAAAGACUCUGAAUUUUCAGCAGAGUACUCGGAGCGUGUGAAGAGAGGUUACGUUCGUCUGUGGCCCAAGGAGCGCUGCAUCUCGGAGGUUCUGUCUGGACGAACAAUUACCACCAACAUGCUGUGUGCAGGUGACACCCGAAACAGGGACGAUGCUUGCAAGGGGGACUCUGGUGGCCCACUCGUCUGUCGUAACAAUAACAAGAUGACUCUGAUGGGUGUGAUCAGCUGGGGUGAUGGGUGCGGGCAGAAGGACAAGCCAGGGGUCUAUACCCGUGUCACCAAUUACAUCAACUGGAUCAACAAGAAGAUGAAAGCAAACCUUGUCUAAAGUCAGAAAGACUGCAAAGAAGACCGUGUUAGAUGACCAUACCCACAACCCCAGUGGGUUAAAGAGUAAAUGUUGAUGUGUUUAUCAUCCGGAUGAUAAGCAGAUAGAUCCAUAGGACUCUGUGUUCAGAGCUAAAUCCAAAGUGAUGGAGGUUUUUUUAAUGGAGCCGGAUGACUCCUACAGAAAUGCACAAGACCUCAAACCUGAGUUUUCAGGCUCAGUGUUGUUUCUUGUUUUCUGUUCUUUACUCUCCUAAAAGUGAAAGCAUAUUGACAGAAACACAGGACAAGCUCUUGAUCUUCAUAAUCGUUGAUUUCUUUUGGUGUAUAAAAAGAGUUGAUGUGUUUUCUCAGUUACACAUCAUAGGAAGUUAUUGAGGACAAUGAGAAAGCAUUAUUAAUCAGCUCUUAUGUCUAGCUCUAUGCUGGUUUACACAAAGAAAUCACAGAUGUAGACUUCAGGUCAGUAGCACUUUUAAUCCAACGUAAGCAAUUACUUUGCACAGUAGAGUACAUCACAUAUUAAUGUAGGCACAUUUUAAAAUCUUUGUCUUUGAGAUUAAAGGCUUAUUUGGUGUAACCAGUUUAACACAAAAAGUUAGCCUUCUUUAGUGGGUUGAUGGGAUCAGAACCCCCCCAAAAAAACAUCUAAUCUGCUGGUUCAGAUUCUGCUUAAUUGAGAAGUUUUAACUUAUUUAGCUUACUUAUAGUUUCUUGUAGACAGGAAGAAGGUGGAAGCAAGAAACUUCAGAUACUAACUCCAUUCAACAAACCUGUGACCGGUUCUUCAAGCUUCAAUAUGGAAGAAGAUGCAAACUCUUACUUGUUCUCACUAUUUUUAAACCAAACUUCAAGAGCAUUUCUACAACAAACUCCUGGGUUGAGCCCAUCAUGUACAUACCUGUAUAAUAAUUUUAUAUUAAAAAUGACUGAGGGGAGUUAAAUCUUCUCUGUUGAACAAUAAACUGCUAAUUGACUGCAAAGCUGAUCUACUUAACUCAUUUUCCUAUGACUGAGUUGAAGAUGUUUCACUUUUUUAUUUAUGUUUUUUUAGACUGUUUUAUAGGAAAUACUUUUGGACUGUUUGUACUGUAGUUAAAUAAUUUAUUGUCAUUGUAACCGAAUAUUGCAAAAAAACUUCUAUGUCAAUAAAUAAUACUAUAAAUAAAUAUUUUAUGUGUCAAGCUUUU